AUGUCUGAAUCCAUCGACUCACUCGAGUCCCUACACAAGAAGAAGUUCCGUCUGUCAAGAUGGAAAGACCAUCUCUCUGCCGACAUUGACGAAUCCUGGGCCGACCUGAUUCUGAUUGUUGCAUGCUUCAUAUCCGGCCUUGUCGACAGCGCCGUGUUCAACGUCUGGUCGUGUUUCGUAAGCAUGCAGACUGGAAACACGGUGUACGUCGGCCUCGGUAUGUCUGGGCAACCUUAUACCCAACCGUACCGAUGGGUCAAGUCCGGCACGGCCAUCAUCUCCUUUUGCGCAGGAACGUACUUCUUCAGCCGCACGGCGCGGCUUCUCGGCUCUCUCAGGCGAAGCACCAUGGUCGUCUCCUUCGUCUUUCAAGCGACGCUGUGCUUCAUCGCCGCUCUCCUCGUGGUCAGUGGCAUCGUCCCGCCAGACGCGGGCUCGCAGAUCCCGCGAUCGUUCGUCGUCCUUCUCCCUCUGAGUCUCCUCUCCUUCCAGUCGGCCGGACAGAUCGUCGUGAGCCGACUGCUUGCCUACAACGAGCUUCCCACGGUCGUCUUGACCAGCACGUACUGCGACCUGAUGUUCGACCCGCAUUUGUUCACCGCACCGCUCCGUCAGAAUCCAAAACGGAACAGACGCUUCGUGUCGGCCGUCGCAUUGCUCUUGGGCGCAGUGGUCAGCGGGUUCCUGACCGAGGGUGGUAACGUCGCGAACCCUCUGUGGAUUGCUGCCGCGAUCAAGGUUGGUAUGGCUGUCGUGUGGCUGUUUUGGCCUGCCAAGGGGACCAUUCGACUGGAUUAG